CUUGCGAUAAAACUUCAGUGAGCGAAGGGCCGUGUUGGAAUGUCUGUAAAUUUCACUGUUACCGUGUUCUGUGACGGAGAAAACGGUUAAAAGCUUUAGCAGAAUGUGAACCUGGGAUCCGCUGUCCUAUGAAGGUAGUAUAUUGGUUUGUUUUUUGAAGAAUACAGUGUAAUGUUAUUAGACCAAACCAUGUUGAGAAGACUACUCAUUGUUAUUGGUGUGUUGUUAGUAGUCUUUAUCCGUAUUAGAGCUGAUUUUACGUCCUUUAAUGACACUGAAUCUAUUCUCGAACUAAGUGCAGAUUAUGACAAUGCUUCAUAUGAUGAAGGGGAGUACGAUGAUCAAGAGUAUGAUUUACCGGAGGUGAUUGAAGACGAUGCGGAUGAACCAGGUCCACCAUUUUGGCUGAAACCUAACAAGAUGUCAAAAUUUCGUGCAGCCCCAAUGUUUACUUCUGUCCGAUUUCAUUGUAUUGCUGGAGGUAAUCCAACUCCUAAUGUCAGUUGGUAUUUCAAUGGUGAAGAUAUUGAUUCAAUAGAACGAUACCGUGAGCCCCGACAGAAGAAAUGGAUUCUGCACCUUCAGGAACUCUUGAGCAAAGACAGCGGUUCUUAUACAUGUGUGGUAACCAACAAAUAUGGAACUCUCAAUUUCACGUUUAUCCUAGAAGUUGCCAGUCAAAAUAAUAGCCCACCAGUAUUAUCAAAAUUCGUUUUGAAGAAUCAGACAGUUAUUGAAGGCGACUCGGCAUUGCUCCGUUGUCAUGUAUUUCCAACUGCUCUCAAUCACCAUAUGCAGUGGUUUAAACAGCUGAGUUUUGACACAGUUGGUGGCAAGACACCAUUGGAAUUAUUAGAGGAUGUGUGGCCAGAUCACCAGCCUCUUGAUUGGUCAUGCAGUGAGGCGGUAGCCGCGCUGUCUGAGAUGCCGCCUCUGGAGUGUUUGAAUAAGACUGAGGUCAACGGAAAUCAAGAUGUGAUUCAUUUGAAUAAUUUGACAGUAGAAGAUAGUGGAAAGUAUGUAUGUUGGGCUAGCAACUCACUCGGAAUUGAUCACGAAAAUGCUUGGUUAACAGUCUUACCCAUGCCAUUGCCAACAACGCUACCAAUGAUCCCGACCUCACCACCGCCACCAAAUGAUAACAAAGUAGUUAUAAUCGCCAUUGUGGUCAUUGCGGUUAUCCUUAUCGUUGUCUUCGGCAUUGGAAUAUGUGUUGUGAAACAGAAACUUCGUAAGAAGAAUCGUGGGCCAAUUCUUGGUAACCGGGCAAACCAGGAUAAAUCUCAGAUUCAGCAUCAGAUUUCAACGGAAUCCAACUCUUCAGUUGGUUCAGGGCAUGCUUUGAUACGGCGGAGUCAGCGUCUCUCCUCAAAUAUCACCACAAUAUCAGAAAUUGAAAUACCAUUUGAUGAAAAAUGGGAGUUCCCGAGAAACAGGCUAUGUAUCGGUAAAAUGCUGGGUGAAGGAGCAUUUGGUCAAGUGUUAGAAGCAGAAGCUGUUGGUAUCAUGAAAGAUGGUAGUAAAACUAGUAAUACUACAGUCGCUGUCAAAAUGUUAAAAAGUGAUGCCACAGAGCGAGAACUAAGUGACCUAAUAUCUGAGAUGAUAAUGAUGCGGCAAAUUGGCAAACAUAUUAAUAUUAUCAAUUUAAUUGGAUGUGUCACACAAGAUGGGCCACUUCUCGUCAUAGUGGAAUAUGCUCCGCAAGGUAAUCUCCGAGAAUUUCUACGAUGUCGACGACCGCAAAAUAUGGAUUAUGAGAAUGCAAGUCUACUGCCACAGGUAGAACUCCUAUCAAAUAAAGAUUUGGUAUCAUUUGCGUACCAAAUAUCUAGGGGUAUGGAAUUCCUCUCUUCAAAAAGUGAGUAUUUUGACUUUAAUGCUUUGGUUGAGAAGCAAAUACCAUAUUUUGAUGGUCGAGUUCCAGUAAAAUGGAUGUCCCCUGAAGCGCUCUUUGACAGGCUGUAUACUACGCAAAGUGAUGUCUGGUCGUUUGGCAUCGUUUUAUGGGAAAUAAUGACGUUGGGUGGAUCACCUUACCCAAGCCUUCCUGUAGAGAUGCUAUUUGAGUUCCUGAAGGCAGGGAAGCGAAUGGAAUCACCGCAAGGUUGCUCAGCGGAAAUAUAUUCCCUCAUGAGAGAUUGUUGGAGAACGUCGCCGACUCAGAGGCCAACUUUCACGCAACUAGUAGCUACACUGGAUGGCAUGUUAACAGAAUCAAGUACCCAGGAUUAUCUAUCAUUGGAUGCAAUAGGAGACGGUCCGGACCUCUUAGCUGACCUAUCUAAUAGCAACUCAAAACUGAAUGGCACAGCCACUAACAGUCGGUUGGAAUCAACGGUCUAGUACAUGGAUACAAAAACUUUGUUUGUAAAAUAGGACCCAGACAAAACUAUAUUUUGAGGUUCAUUGAAAAAGUGGCAGGAGGUGAUUGAUGGCCAAGUUCUAUGACAAUAAUAGAAUGUACAUGCAGUGAGCGGAUACCUGAUUCUAUGACAUGUAUUUAGCAUUCAAUGGACUGUUAUUGUAAUGCUUAUCUAGGUAUCUCUGACUCUUUGUGGUCUCAACUCCACCUACAGUAUUUGAUACUGUAUUUUCAGGAGCAGCUGCAACUUUAGGAUUGUUUCAUGCACCAAUCAUAUUGAAAUGGAAAUGUAUACCCAUCAUGCACCUCUCAAUGACAGUAGCGGUAUAAACUCUGUGGAUAAUCGCUGACUGAGAUGAAAUGAUGACUACUUGCAUCACUAUUGCCAUAGCAACAGGAGUAAAGAGACCACAUGGUGCUUCAAAUGUCUGGACAAAAUAUGUAAAGAAAAUAUGCUCUGAAUAGCAAAGAGCAGUGACUAUAUAAAAAGAGGCGAGGUAUUGUAUGUACCAUUAACACAUGUAAUAUAAACGCACUUUGGCAGUAUGCUAAGUUCUAUAUUUUUAUGAUAAUAAAAACUGCCAAAAAUAACAAAACGCCCUCUAUAAAGUGGAAGGGCUUUAUUUGCACAUUUUUAAGUGCUUUGUAUAUGGAUAUUAUUUUUGCCAAAUACAACUCAGUACUGGUCAUGAUCUUUAAGUUUACUAGGACUAGUUCUCCCUUUACAUAUGUGUACUCAAUUGGCUAUUAGUCUAUGGAAAACUAUAAAAAAAAUAUAGUUAACUACAUGUAGUACAACAUUUUUUUUUUUUGAUAAAUAGAGCUGAUCACGUUGAAUCAGGAAUAGAAGCCCAAUCUUAAUAUUUACUCUAUUUGAAGCCCAUCUCCAAUUGAGGUGAAUGUUAAAACAAAAAUGUAUUUUUGGGUAGAAUUUUAAGCAUUGCAAUCAAUUAUUUCCCCAAAUUGAUGUAUGCACGCUGUUUUUUUAUUCUUUUUUUUAUUUUUAACUUGUCAUAAAAAUUGUGCUUUUAUUAUGAUUUUACCUAAAAAUUGAAUUUUUAUUUAAUUUUUUCUGACAUAAAAAAAAAAAAAAA